AUGGAGCCAGGAGUCUUUGGCCUUCUGAAACUGAAGCUACACCUGGAGGAUAAUUGUACAGAAGUGAUCCCGUUCCAGAUUGGUGGUUUGACAGUUCAGGGAGACAUGGAGCCAAAAUCUAGAAGUCCAGAAAGGGAACGUGUAAGGAAACCUUGCAGUGAUGAUUUUUCCAAAUGCACGGGGAUGGAGCACUUAGGCUGGAAGCUAUCUCAAGAAAUCAAACUGGAAUCUUUCCGUGGGAUGCAGCAACCCUGGAAAACCCAGUGGCAGGACUUCCUGAAGACCUUACCGUGUCCCCACGUGGGAUGGGAGGAGGACUCCGAGAUGCUGUCCAGCGUUCCUUGGGAUGACCCCAAGGCCUUCCUGGCUUCCUUCGAGCAGGUGGCCCGUGCCUGCCAGUGGCCCAGGGGCGAGUGGGUGCCUCGUCUGCUGCCAGCCCUGAGUGGAGAAGCGAAGCGGGCUUUCAGCGGCUUAGAAGCAAAGGACAAGGAGGAUUAUGGGAAAGUGAAGGAGGCCAUCUUGAGAGGGGAAGCCAUUCGGAUCGAAGUGCAGCGGCAGCACUUCCGGCAGUUCCGCUUCCAGGAGAUCGAAGACCCACGUAGGGUUUACGGACAACUGCAGAGGCUUUGCCGCCAGUGGUUGAAGCCAGAGAGACACACCAAGGAGCAGAUCCUGGAGCUGCUGAUCCUGGAGCAGUUCCUGGCCAGCCUCCCACCGGAGCUCCAGAGCUGGAUCCGACCAGGAGGAUCGGACACGUAUUCCCAGGCGGCGGCUCUGAUAGAGAAUUUCCUGCUGAACCGGCAGGAGGUUAAGGAGCCGUCGCAGGAGGUGAUCGCCAAGACUGCCCUGUCCGAAGAGCGGAUUGCCUUGGAUGUUGACCAGGAAGCGAUCUAUAAAGACAUUAAGCAGGACAAUCACGGAGGGAUCCAUUUGUUGGGUGAGGAAAUGCCAAGGAUUAAAGCAGGGUCUUCCAUCAUGGGUGUGGGAAGGUGGGAUCUCGUGAAGCUGAAAGAUGCUGGUGUCUCGUUGAAUGUGGUCGGGUCAACCCCGACCCAGUCGGGCCAGCAGACCAUGUUCUGGCAAGUCAUGCAGGAGGAGGAUGGGGAUGCCGAUUCUUUGGAGGGACUCCUGGUGCCCAAACCAGACCUGGCUUCCAAUCCAGAAGAAGAAGAAGAUGAGCAGGUUUUCAUCCGGUUUCCGGUCGAAAGUGAGAGAAUUCCAGAUCCCAGAACAGGACCCAGGGACUCUUCGUUUUCGGAGGCUGCGCCCAGCCCGUCAGGAGGCACCCGGUUCUCCCGGAAAACCUCUUGUCCUCUCCGGGAUUUUACGGGCUCUCACUGGAAGCAUCCUCGCUGGACCGAGGACGAAAUCCAAGCUUUUAUUGAGAUCUGGGGGGACACAUCUGUACAGAGAGCCCUCUUCUCAAACUAUCGGACGGUCUCUCAGUUUGAGUGGAUUUCAUGCCAGAUGAAGGCCCGGGGUUACGACCGGAAUUGGCUCCAGUGCCGGGAGAAAGCCAAGCAUCUCCGGAAAAGCUACAAGGAUUGCCUCGGAGGGCACAGCCACUGGGGAUCGGGCAGGAGAACGUGGCCUUUUUUCAACCAGCUGAACCAAUUCCUCCGCGUUGAGCAGGAGCUGGUGGUCCCGCGGGAGAUCGGGCGCAAGGAAGUCCAGCAUCAUCUCGUCGACCGCCGGCGGAAACGAGUGAAGAACUCGGCCAGUCCGGGGGCCAAAGUCGCCCAGGUUCAAGUGGAGAUAGAAGCCCGUGAGCUGCAGUCGAAGAAGCAGGCAAAACAUGCUUCGCGCUUGUCCAAUGGGACAUCCCGCUCAGGAAGCCACAAGCCGCCGCUGACCAGCGCCGAACGAAUGAGAAACAUUCGCAAGUCCCAGCAGGAAAGGACAGCGGACGUUGGUCGAGACCGAGGCGGAAUUGAGGACUCUGCAGCGGGAAGCGCGCUCCAGGAACCAGCCCUGCCCGGGUCCCACAAGGCCAACCUGGCCCCUUCGAGUGAAAUCGAGAAGGCAUGGGAAGAGUGCGAAAGGAAAGCGGUGGAAAAGCUGCAAGGCUACUUACGCGAGAAAGGCUGGAAACUCCAAACCGGCCACUCAAGCCGGACGGGAAUUCUCCAGGAUGUCUUGUCCAUCGUUUGCAAGGGCCGUACAGCUGCGUCUUUGCCUGUUCUUACUUCUCCUGUCCGAGAUCCCCCCUCCUUUCCUUCCCCAACGCCCCGUUCUGAAACAUCGACAGAGUCCCAAGUCUCCGCGGAGCCGUGCAAGAACUCAGAGGCCUCUUCGCCUCCUCCUCCUCCUCCUCCUCCUCUUCCUCCUCCUCCUCCCUCUUCUCAGGGUGGCUUGUCGGACAGAAGCAUUCGCCUGAAAAGGAAGCGUUCUUUGCCGGCCCGUUUUCAGUGCUGA